AUGUAUCGGCCGAACUUUUACGAAAGCACCUGCUUCCGUUGCAAUGAGAUUGUGUACCAAGUGGACAGGGUUGGACCGUUGAAAGACUUUACUUUCUUCCAUAGUGGGUGCUUCAAAUGUGCUGUUUGCGGCACCAAGCUUACUUUAAAGACAUACUUCAACAACCAGCACUGGACAGAAGAUAAAGAAGUGUACUGCUCCAGUCAUGUGCCGAAGAUCGGACCUGGCCACCUGGACAACUCAUCAGUCGGCAUAAGAAGUGCUCUAAAUGUACCUAAGAGCAACAACUACGUGAAUGAACAGAUUCGUGGCUUAGCGAGAAACAGUCAUGAUAAUGAACUGUCACCAACGCGCGCGACAAACGGCGGCAGCGUUCACGCGUCUCCCGCGCGUGAAUUGUCGCGUGACACGCCUGACUAUCAGUACGGGCGCUUCGACGCAAGCGCACUGCACAUCGCGCAUGCGCUCAAACAAACCGAGCUACAAAAAGCAUACCACAGACCGAGGGAGAAACCUAUUGACUGUUAUUUGGAUCGAGAUGAACAAACGAAGCUAGAGAUGAAGCACCGACAGGAAGAAGAUGACUUGUACAGAAAAUUCUCGAAGCAUCGAGAAGAAGAAAAUAAAAGAAUACGAGAGGAGAUACAAGAUGAAUGGGAACGAGAACUGGAAAGGCUGACAAACAGAUUCCAACAAGAGAUGCAGGUGAAGAAACGAAGACCAGAAUCAGAGAUCGGCGCCUUGACGUUACGGCACCAACAGGAGAGGGCUGAUUUAGAGAAAAAUAUGACCUUACGACGAGAUAAGAAGAAAGAGAGCCUAACCAGAAAGAUGCUUGAGCAUGAAAGGGCAGCAACAGCGGCUCUAGUCGAAAAGCAAAGCCACGAAAUGAUGGAGCUGAUCCAAGAACGCAGAUCAGAGUACAUGGCUGAGUCAUCACUAUACUUGGAUGGCGAAGAGGCGCCUCCUUAUCCAGCUCGAGCCCCACCACCACAACCCCCGCUCAUAUCCAAGUUCCAUAUCUAUACAGACCCUAUUGAAUUCGCUGAUGUCGACAAAAUUGCGAUAUCGGUGGCACAAGAAGACCAAAAGACCUUCACAGAUCUUGUUCGGCAACUAGUCGGGCGAUGUGCUACAGACGUGGAGAAGGCGAGGACCAUAUUCCGCUGGAUCACUGUGAAGAACCUGAAUAACAUUCAGUUCGACGACAACCUGAGAGGUGACUCGCCUCUUGGCUUAUUGAGAGGCAUCAAGCACGGCACAGAAAGUUACCAUGUACUGUUUAAGAGAUUGUGCAGUUACGCUGGCCUUCACUGCGUGGUGAUCAAAGGCUACAGUAAAUCAGCGGGCUACCAACCAGGAGUCCGUUUCGAAGACAACCGCUUCCGUAAUUCGUGGAACGCAGUGUACGUCGCCGGAGCGUGGAGAUUCGUACAGUGCAACUGGGGCGCACGGCAUUUGGUGAAUGCUAAGGAUGCACCAAAACCCGGGAAUAGAGGAAAAAGCGAUAGUUUGAGAUACGAAUACGACGAUCACUACUUCCUGACAGACCCUCGUGAGUUCAUCUACGAAUUCUUCCCUCUCCAGCCCGACUGGCAACUUCUGAAAACGCCGAUCACACUUCACGACUUCGAAGAGCUGCCAUUUGUGCGAUCAUUGUUCUUCAGAUAUGGGUUGUACUUUAGCGACCCGAAUACUAAAGCUGUUAUGUAUACUGACUCCACAGGUGCGGCGACUAUGCGCAUAGCCAUGCCGGCACACAUGCAGAGCUCGCUCAUCUUCCACUACAAUCUUAAGUUUUACGACACCGAAGGAGAUGGUUUCGAUGGAGUCAGCCUCAAACGGUUUGUUAUGCAGUCUGUAGUCGGCAACGUGGUCUCAUUCAGGGUCCACGCACCUUGCAGCGGGGCGUUCCUUCUGGAUAUCUUCGCGAACGCAGUUACUCCCAGAGAAUACCUCACUGGAGAACCAAUGAAAUUUAAAAGCGUAUGCAAAUUCAAGAUUUGCUGUGCAGAGCUGCAGACUGUGAUGGUUCCCUUGCCAGAUUGUGCGAGUGGAGAGUGGGGACCUACGAAGGCCACUAGAUUGUUUGGCCUUGUACCCAUUACCCACCAGGAGGCCCUAGUCUUCGCAGGACGCGAGCUAGAGAUCCAGUUCCGCAUGUCACGGCCGCUGGCGGACUUUAUGGCCACGCUGCACAAGAACGGCGUCGACGAGAAACGCCUCUCCAAAUACGUGCAACAGAAUGUAUCUGAUGACAUCGUGUCGUUUUAUAUAACUUUCCCUGAAGAAGGUCAAUACGGGUUGGACAUCUACACUCGCGAACGAGGUGGUCCUACGGCGAUUCAUCAAAAUGGCUCCACGGAGAAAGAAAAACAUCUUCUGACUCACUGUUGCAAGUACCUUAUUAACAGCAGUAAGAGAAACUGACACUUGAUUAACGUAGGAACGGAAACCUACAUUAUUGAAAACUUAUUUAAAAUUUAAUUUAAAAAAAACGUUAAACCAUUUUGGGCAUCAUUUUUUUCAUCAAAAACUUCAUAUAAAUAAAAAAUAUUAACAUCGAAAUUAGAGACGGAAUAAUGUUAAUUCUGUUAUCUAUGAAAAAAUUAAAUAAAUCUCGUUCUUCGGGACUUCCGUAAUUCAGUUAAGUUUAAAUAUAAUCCUCUUUUAUUAAGCAGAGUUUGAUAAAAUGAAAUUUGACUUUGGCUAAGCAAAAAUGAUGAACUAAGCAAGUUUUUCGUAUUUACAAAACGAACUUAUACCUACCUAUAUAAGCAAUAAAUCCAGCGCGUAACUAAUGUGCCCAGUUUUCUUCUUAAAGGAUGGUAAAAAAUAAAGGAAAUUAAAUUCAAGGGGAAUAUGACAACUGCUCUAAGGCUAACUGCUGAAAUCUAGUUCGAUAAUCUCUUGGAUAGUACCUUUUUCUUUUUUCUUUCUAUAUACUAUUUUUAUUUACUUUUUAAAUUAAAAUUUCGAUGUUUUCUUGCGUAAUUAUUAUACGCCUGUAAUAGUAUAACUUGUAUUUAUUGUUCUGUGGGUAUAACUUACAAAUUUAUAUGACAAAACUGUGCAAGUUUCUCUGUGUAUGUGCACGGUCUAUCUAAAUAAAUGAAAUUAAACUUUGAGGUUAGUUCGCACUUCGGAAUUUCUUGCUUAAACUUUGACAAACUACGUUUUGUCAAUAAAAUAAAAAACUUACUAAGCUCGCCAUUUUUGUUUAAUCGAAAUCAAAAUUCAUUUCAUAAACCUCAGCCUUAUUAUCUUGUUCAAUGUAUAAAAUGUAGUGCUAUUUCAUAUUCUUAGACUACUAUGCAUUAAGAUUAUGCAUCAGACAUUUAUGAUAAAAUAUUGAACCUACAAUAACUUUAAAUAAGGAGAGAGAGACGGUAAUAUUUUUCACUGUUCUAUCCAUAAAGAAAUACGAAAUGUUUCAUGAGAUAAAUAAGGAAAAAACAUCCUUCUUUGUUUUAUACCAUAACAAUUAAUAUCGGUGAAUCCAUCUAUUACCCCUGUAAUAUUUUACUCUAGUACAAUAAUCACGCUGUUGAAAGUUAUGCAGGGGAAUAAUGCAAGGGAACUUUGCAGAUGGACAAACCAAAAUCUUUUAGAUACAGUCGAUGCCCUAAAAUACUUGAGUCUUGUAGUGCGUUUAUGGUUGAAAACUGUAUUCUGUAUUGAAUUCAGUAUAAAAUACGUUAAAGACCAAUUUGGCCUAAAAAUGUCUUAAAUAAUAAUUCACUAACGAUGCAAUAAGGAAGUCACACUAAAAUGAAUUUUACGGCUCACUUGUUAAAGAUUAAGUUUGUUUAACAUUUUUCUUCACACUUAUUGACUCAGAAUCAAAUAGUCGGUACAGAAUCAGAGGCCUGAGCGUAAAUGUGUAACUACCGCUUUUGCGUUAAGAUUUUUAUUUAGAACUUAAUUUAUAUAUUUAUAAGGUUUAAAUUAAAACUUAACGCAAACGCGAUAGUUGAGUUUAUAUAUUUGAAAACUUACACUAAGGCCCCUGGUAUUGUAGGGCAUCGACUGUACGUGUAUUUUAUAAAAAAAAAAGAAGUUAUACCCAAAUGUAGAUAAGUACAUAAUUUUAAUCUUAAUGUUAGUAUUAAUAACAAUCCGUCCAUUGGAAAUAUUCGUUUAUUGAUGAUAAUACGCUAAUUAUACAAUUCAUUGUCACAUUGUAAAUGUUAUCGGACAUUUUGAAUCAUAAAAAAAUAUAAUUAAAAUUAUAAAAAUUUGAAAAAAUGUUGUGCUUCGGCAAUCUGAUUGCUUUUUAAUAUUACUUUGUAUAAAUCUAGGGUAUUACUAUAAGUUUUAGAUGACAGAACCAAUUUACAGGUACAUAAUAAAACUGUCACAACCAGUGUUCAUUCAAUAGAGACCAUUGUAUCAAACGUUGCGACGCGUAAAUCACUUUUAAGGGUUUCUGCGUUUAUUACAACGACGACCAGUUAAGGUUGACAUCGCCUAAGUAAAGGAUAGCCUGGCUAUAGCCUUGCUGUGUAAGGAUCAUACCGAGACCAAACAAACGUUUGAUACGGAGUGGUUAUACUUAGUAUUCUACGCUUACUUAAUAACAAUCUUAAAAUAGAUUGCUAUAUUUUAUUAUCCCUAUAUCUUAUAGAACGCACAAAAUGAAAUGCAGCAAUUUAUAUUAAAUUAAC